GCAUGAUAUGCAGAAAAUUAAAAAAAACACACACACAAAAAGUCAUCAUGGCGCUCGAGAGUGUGUGCGGUUUCAACUUCCAGAGAGCGGGACUUGGAGCGAAAACACGGCAUUGUAUGGACGUGAACUUUCUGCAUGAUGAUCCUCUUGAAAAUCCAAAGUUUACGGUCCCAGCAGUUGAGGAGCCUGCAGAAUUCCUGAAAAACUUCUCCGGAGGCGAUGGCUCAUCUCCAAAUAUUGAGUUUCUCCACGGAACCACCACCUUAGGUUUUAAGUUCCAGCACGGGGUCAUUAUAGCGGUCGACUCAAGGGCCACUGCGGGCAACUAUAUCGCCUCGCAGACUGUCAAGAAAGUCAUCGAGAUCAACCCCUAUUUAUUGGGCACCAUGGCCGGGGGUGCCGCAGACUGCAUGUUCUGGGAGCGUGUCCUGGCGGAACGCUGCAGAAUUUAUGAACUGCGGAAUAAGGAGAGGAUAUCGGUAGCAGCAGCCUCCAAGCUACUGGCCAACAUCCUGUACAACUACAAGGGAAUGGGACUGUCUGUGGGAACAAUGAUAUGUGGCUGGGACAAAACGGGUCCCGGUUUGUACUACGUGGACAGCGAUGGCAGCAGGCUCACCCAUAACAUCUUCUCCGUGGGAUCCGGUUCACCCUACGCCUACGGUGUGCUGGACAGCGGACAUCGCGAUGACCUGACGGUGAAGGAAGCCUACGACCUGGGUCAGAGGGCCAUCUACCACGCCACGCACCGGGAUGCCUACAGUGGAGGCGUGGUUAACCUUUACCACAUGAAGGAGACUGGCUGGGAGUUCAUAUCACAGACGGACACAAAGCUCCUACAUUACCAGUAUCAAGAUGAGAAGAAAGCCAAAUAGAUGCAGUAGUAUAUCUCAUCAGCAACAUCCCAAGAAACGUUCUCAUUUUUUUUAGUGGACUUUAUAUGAAACAUCAAGCCUUUGUAUUACAGCCGUCGUUGAGUUGUGCGCUUUUGUCCCACAGCGAUACCCAUGAGUAGCCCUCUUGAAUAUUGAUUGUUACUGUUUCAAAUGACACAAAAACACCUCAAAGAUGUCCUCUGAAUUGAGAAAGCCUUUUCCUAUUGGGAAAGCCUUUUCCCUUUGGGAAACUCUUUUCCUUUUGGGAAACCCUUUUCCUUUUGGGAAACCCUUUUCCCUUUGGGAAACCCUUUUCCUUUUGGGAAACACCUCAAAGGGGGCUGCUGAAUGGAAAGUGUCUAUACUCUGGUAGUGUUGUGUCAUGUUCGCUUAAUUAGGUCCAUUUUUUAAGGAAAUUCUUUGCAUUUUUUUGGGAAACCCUUUUUCUUUCAGGAAACCCUUUGUAUGAAAAAAAGGAGGAAGAUUUGUUGAUACCACGGAGUAACUUGAACGGCUAAAUGUAAAAUGUAUACAUAUACAUGUAUUGAGGUCGCAGGUUCAAACCCCGCUCCAGUCAAUUUCUUUGUUCAACUUUUCACAAAUUGUUAUAAUUCACGUAUUAGUCUGUUUCCCUUUGUGGUUCAUUUGAGAAUUUGUAAUAAAAAGCCGUAUCCUCUCUGAGUGAUCGCCAUUUGCUA